UACCAAGUGCCAACGUCUUCACUCUUCAGUCUUCACCUUUACCCGAUUAAUGUUUAUAAAUUAUUCGUAAUUGUUCAGUUAACACAUUUUAAUACCUUUAUUUCAUAGAUAUAUUUUAUUUCGCUAUCACCUCUGUUACGAGCUCGUCAGUAGCAAUUCUACCUUGAUUCGUCAUCCACGUUUACAGAAAAAUGAACGGAGAAGAACCGCAAGAAGUAUGGAACUGGUGGGAAGAAGAGAAAAAUGACGAUGGUGUUAAAUGGAAGUUUUUAGAACAUAAAGGACCGGUUUUUGCUCCAGCAUAUGAACCUUUACCAAGAGAAGAACCGCAAGAAGUAUGGAACUGGUGGGAAGAAGAGAAAAAUGACGAUGGUGUUAAAUGGAAGUUUUUAGAACAUAAAGGACCGGUUUUUGCUCCAGCAUAUGAACCUUUACCAAGUAAUGUUAAAUUUUAUUACAACGGUAAACAUGUAGUUCUUUCAGAGUUGGCUGAAGAAGUAGCAACAUUCUAUGCCAAAAUGCUCGACCACGAUUAUACAACAAAAGAAGUAUUUAAUAAGAACUUUCUUAAAGACUGGCGCAAAACUAUGACACAAAAAGAAAAAGAGUUAAUAACUGAUCUCUCAUUAUGUAACUUUAAAGAAAUGAGUGUAUAUUUUACUAAAAAGUCAGAAGAACGUAAAGCUAUGAGUAAAGAGGAAAAAAAGAAAAUAAAAGAAGAAAAUGAAGCUUUGCAAAAAGAGUAUGGGUUUUGUACUAUUGAUUAUCACAAAGAAAAAAUUGGUAAUUUUAAAAUAGAACCACCUGGUUUAUUUAGAGGAAGAGGUGAACAUCCUAAAAUGGGUAUGUUGAAAAAACGAGUAGUGCCUGAAGAUGUCUUAAUUAAUUGUAGCAAAGAUUCUAAUAUACCGAAACCCCCACCUGGUCACAAAUGGAAAGAAGUUAGACAUGACUUUGGUGUAACAUGGCUUGCUAGCUGGAUAGAAAACGUUCAAGGGCAAGUUAAAUAUGUUAUGUUAAAUCCAUCUUCUAAACUUAAGGGAGAAAGAGAUUGGCAAAAGUAUGAGACUGCUAGAAGAUUGGCAGAAUCUAUUGAUAAGAUAAGAGAAAAUUAUACUAAUGACUGGGAAUCUCCUGAAAUGCAUGUUAGACAAAGAUCAGUUGCUUUGUAUUUCAUUGAUAAAUUGGCACUGAGAGCAGGAAAUGAAAAAGAUGAAGACCAAGCUGAUACUGUAGGCUGUUGUUCUUUACGUGUGGAACACAUAAAAUUAUACGAAGAAUUUAAUGACAAAGAAUAUGUAGUUGUAUUUGAUUUUCUUGGUAAAGAUUCCAUUAGAUAUUACAACGAAGUACCUGUAGAAAAAAGAGUUUUCGAAAAUUUGAAGUCAUUUACGGAAAAUAAAAAAGAUAGUGAUGAUUUAUUUGAUCGCUUAAACACAUCAAAAUUGAAUCAACAUUUGCAUGAACAAAUGGAUGGACUCACCGCAAAAGUUUUUCGUACAUUCAAUGCUUCGCGGAUAUUUCAACAACGAUUAAACGAAUUAACUGAUCCAAAUAUGUCUGUGGGUGAGAAAAUUGCAAAAUAUAAUAAAGCUAAUCGUGAAAUUGCUAUUUUGUGUAACCAUCAACGUAAUGUAUCAAAAACACAUGAAAAGUCAAUGGUAAAUCUUAAGAAAACAAUUCAAACUAAAAUAGCAGCAGUAAAAAAAGCUAAAGAGCAAUAUGAACAAGCCAUACGAGAUGUGGAAGACGGCAGUGUGCAUUCCAAGACUCAGUUAGAAAAGAGAAAAAAGGCUUUAGAACGAUUAAAAGAACAAUUGACUAAAUUAGAAAUUCAAAAAACGGACAAGGAAGAACAAAGGACAAUUGCUUUGGAUACGUCCAAAUCAAAUUAUUUGGAUCCGCGUAUAACAGUAGCUUGGUGCAAAAAGUUCAAUGUUCCUAUUGAGAUGAUAUACAAUAAAACACAAAUGGACAUGUUUAGAUGGGCUAUUGCAAUGUCUACUCGUAUACCAAAUUUUGAAUUUUUUCCAAAAAAACCAGUUAUGCCGGAGACCGUUUAAACUGUGAUUACCUUUAAUUAGAGAUGGUACAACAGGCCUUUAGAGGUCAAAUAAAAAAAUGAAACAAAAAUAAAUGAUAAUAUAUUAUGGGGCGAUCGCCCCCCCCUGAGCCUCUGUUUUUUUCUUUUUAUUAUUUUAAUAUUUUCGUAAUAAUAUGACGACUUAUGAAUUAUGAUACACAAAAUGUACACAGAAUAUAUAGUUAAAUAAUUUUAAAUUUUAAAAUAUGGUGACACUGCAACACUGUUUAUCGCACUAGACAGUGAGAAGUCUAUGGUUAACAGAAACUGGUCUAUGACGGUUAGUAGAAAUAUCGUGAUUGUAAUUGUGAUUAGUGGUUAUCAAUUUAUCAUACAGUUUAUAUUUUUCGUUUAUCAUCUGGUUAACGCUGUUGACGGUUGUGUAUUAAUAAUAGAUCGGUUUGCAGAACACAAACGCUUUAAAGAAUUUGUUUUAUAGAAUAAAAAUAAAUAAUUACUUGGGGGCUUAAUUAAAAUAUUAUAAUUAGAUUUUUUUAUUAUUAUUAUGAUUAUUAACUAAAGGUUACAUAUUUGUAUCUUUUUUUACCUAUAAAUAAUUUGUAUGAAUGAAAUUUGCAGAUCAAAAUGACUUGACCAGCAAUAAGUUACUAAUUACUAUGUUCACUUAUAAAUUAGAAUUUAAUAAAUUGAUUAUACUUAUAUUAUUGCUUUUUUUUUAAAAAACCCCCCCCCCCUAAAAACAGGGCCAGAGACGCCCUUGUAGUCUCUACAGGCAUGGAUUCUCCUUCUUCAGCUAACUGGUCACAGGUACCGAUAAGCAGUAGAACUAAAAGAAACCUCUCCUCCUCUUCUUCCGAUCAAAAUUCGCCAAAAAUACAGCACAACAAUAAAAAAUUUUUUCACACGACUAACCGCUUCGAUGUACUCUCACAAGAUGAACCAGAGUCCGCUUCUCCAUCAAAUAAUACUCAUCCGCCUCCUCCUAAGUCAAAUCCAGAGGGGCACGUCAAUGUUGGUAUCAAGCCAACCCUUCCCCCACCAGUUUUUGUAAAACGCGUAAUCAGCUUUCCAUCUCUAUGCACAGAACUUAUUGAAUUAAUCGGUGUAGAUAACUUUUCCUGUAAAUCUUCAACCGACCGCCUAAAAAUUAUGACUACUAACCCAACUUCAUACAGAACACUUAUCCAUUUCCUCAAAGAACAAAAUGCUGAAUACCAUACGUAUCAGCUCAAAGAAGAUUAACCAACACGAGUUGUCAUUCGUAAUCUCCACCCGACCACGUCCACUGCACUUAUCAAAUCGGAACUUGAACAACGACUAUUCGAAGUCCGCCAAGUGACAAAUGUUUUACACAAAAUCAACAAACACCCACUCCCGCUAUUUUUUGUAGAUCUCGAACCAACAAUACAAAUUGACUUCUCUUAUCCACACGAAAAUUAAAGUGGAAGAACCUUAUAAACCCAAAAAUAUAAGUCAAUGCAUCAAUUGCCAAGAAUAUGGACAUACAAAAUCAUACUGCGGCUACCCAGCCCGCUGUGUUCGUUGCGGCUCCAACCACUCUUCUUCGGACUGUCCUAACCCACGGGAUGCUACUCCAAGAUGUGCCCUCUGCUCCGGUAAUCACCCCUCCAACUAUAAAGGCUGUGCAGUUUUCAAGGAUCUCCAACAUCGUAACCAACCAAAAAAAAGCAAUCUUCUGUCGGACAAUAUCAAUCGUAAAAAAAAUGUACAGUAAUAAUAGUUUAGCUGUUUCCCGAGCCCAAAAUACCAAAAUAUUGACUGGUUAACUACGCGCGUGCCCACCAAAAAACUCAAAUAGGUGCACCAGGACCACCUAACCUAACCAGGUUGUUUAUCCAAAACUAUUUCUUCGAUACAACGCUCAAGUCAGAUAAACAUGUUUUAUUUGUUAAAAUAUUUAUAAAAAAUUUAAAUAACAUAUAUAGUUGUCACUUCUUAGUAUAAGUAAUAUAAGUAUCCACUUAUUUAUACACCUAGUUACAAUAUUUUAUUUUUUUUUUUAUUUUACAAUAUGUAAUUUAUUUUAUAUUAAAAAAAAAAUAUUUCAUUUAAAUAGUUUAAUAAAUACCUAUUAUGAACAUUAAACGACUUUUGAAUACAAAGAUGCCUUCUAGUUUUUUGUGCAACUUAAUUCAACUUAAAUUCUUAUUUGUUAAUACAUAUAAAUAUUUUCAUGAUCCAAAAUCUAUAGAUGAAUUUAAAUGUAAUGAAUUAAACUGCUUUAGAAUUUUUAACUCUUUUCAUUCAUUUAAAAGUCAUUUAAACCAACAUAAUAAUCUAGACACACAAUAUAUAAAUACACCACUGUCCUGUAAUUUGCCUGUCAUAACAACAACUUCUCAAAGAACCUCUGAUAGUCUGAUUUAAACAAUUUCCAAUCUUCCAUUAAAAAUCAUAAUUACCCUCUAAAACCUUGUCCAGAACCAAUUACAAUUACUGAGUUUAUAGAAACACUUCAAUCCAAUACAGUAUUUUUAGCAUCAAAAUUGUAUAAUAAUAAAUUAAUUCCCAGAAAAAUAAUUCAAACAUUAUUUGAUGACAUUCAAUUUUUUACCUAUUCGUUUUUAUGUAAUUUGAAAACAAAAAUAUUAGAAAUAAUAAAUUUAAACCCGAUUGAUUUUAAUGAAAUAAAAGAAACAAAUGCCAGUCCUUUUACAAUUAAGUGAAGAUCCAUAUAUUUUACCAAUUUUUGGUUUAAUCCUAUCACUAUUUAUUGCUCAAGAUGUUGAUAACAAACCAUUUAUAGUAGGUAUUAUAGACAUAUUAACAAGUUAAUAUGUCUAUGGUAGGUAUGCAAUAUGUUUGUUUGUAAUUAUUUUAAUGAACAUCUUAAAUCGUAUAAUGUAACUUUAACAAAUAAAUUAGUGUGUUGCUAUAUUGAAAAUUUAAAUAGUGUACAUCCAACUGUAUGUGUAAAAUCGAAUGGUUUAUAUUAUAGGCCGAAGUAGUAAUAUUUUUUUUAAAUACUUGUUUUCAAUAUUAUAAAAUACAUAUAAACUUAAUUUAGUUACUAUAUAUUGUAUAACUUACAAAUAAUUAUUAUAUUUUUUUUAUUAUAAAUUAUUAUAAAUAUGUUAAUAAAAACAGUUAUUUUUACUUA